AUGACAUGCCGGGACGCACUUUGCGACGGGCGCUCCAGGAGCAGGGUGCUGGUGCCAGGCAGCUCCCCCAGCGGCUUGCGCCCCCGCGGGUUCGCCAUCACGGAUCUUCUGGGCCUGGAAGCUGAGGUGCCCGCGCCUGCCGGCCCCGGGCCAGGAUCUGGCUGCGAGUCCUCCGUGGCCGCACCCUGUACGGGUUCGGGUCUCGCGGGCUCCUGCAUGGCGCGCGGGGCCCUCCCAUUGGGGCUCGGCCUUCUAUGCGGCUUCGGCGCACAGCCCCCCGCGGCCCCUCGGGCGCCUUGCCUGCUCAUGGCCGACGUGCCGUUCCUGCCACCCGGGGCGCCUGAACCCGCUGCCCCGCAAGCCCCUGGUCGCCCGCCGCCCCCUCUCGGCAGCCAGAAGAGCAGCGAGAGCGUCUCGACGUCCGAUGAGGACAGCCCAUCUGAAGAUAGGAGUGACCUGAAGGUGUCCCCCACCCUUGGCAAGAGAAAGAAACGGCGACACAGGACUGUUUUCACCGCCCACCAACUGGAAGAGCUGGAGAAGGCAUUCAGCGAGGCCCACUACCCUGAUGUGUAUGCCCGGGAAAUGCUGGCUGUGAAAACUGAGCUCCCUGAAGACAGAAUACAGGUCUGGUUUCAAAACCGGAGGGCCAAGUGGCGGAAGCGGGAGAAGCGCUGGGGUGGUAGCAGCGUGAUGGCGGAGUAUGGUCUCUAUGGGGCCAUGGUGAGACAUUGCAUCCCGCUGCCAGACUCUGUCCUCAACUCCACCGAGGGUGGCCUGGUUGGUUCCUGUGCACCAUGGCUUCUGGGGAUGCAUAAAAAAUCCACAGGGAUGAUAAGGAAACCAGGAAGUGAAGAAAAGCUGACAGGACUCUGGGACUCAGACCAACUCCAGGAAGGUUCUAGCCCAAGGCAGACAGGAUCCCAGAGAAGCUCAGAUGAAGCCAGCCCUGAGAAUGGCUUGGAAGAUAUGGCCAUUGAUCUCUCCAGCUCUGCCCGGCAGGAGACCAAGAAAGUACACCAGGGCACCAAUGCUAGAGGAUGCUCAGACUCCUCAGGGCUGGAGGGGCUCCAGCCAGGGAAGGUGGGAGCCUGAUGAGGCCCACAGGCCCUACCCUCAAAGGCUGGCAAGUUCAUCCCUUAUGGCAUUUUCCACAAGAUAACAGUUGUCUAAGACAAGGACUCUCAGCUGGAUUUUCUUCUUCCAGUGUCAGGAUAAAAUGUAAUGCCACUUGCUUUAAGAAGACAAAUGGAUACCUUAGGGAAAGCCCAUUUCACCCUAGAAUGGAAACCAUUCCUUAAAGGCAGUUAAUUUUAUGUAAAAUUUUACUUCUUUUUUGUAGAACUUGAGAAGGGAGGAUUUAAAGUUCAAAAAGUGUAUUCACUGCUGGGCCUCAUUUGAGAUUUGGUUCAAUAUACUGUGUAAAUUAAUA